AUGAAGACUUUCACCAACAUCGCCGCUGUCACCAGCUUCCUCGCCGUUGGCGCUGACGCCUUCUGGCGUAUGGAAUGCCAGGGCCGCGUUGGUCUCGCUCGCGUUGACCCUCUCAUGACCUUCGGCAAGGCUGCUCCUCACGUUCACGCCAUUCACGGCUCCAACGGAAUCUCGCCCACCGCCGAGUUCAGCGACCUGGUUGCCGGCGACUGUACCUCUUGCCGUGUCAAGCAGGACAUGUCUGCCUACUGGACUCCCGCUCUUUACUUCCAGGACUCGGCCACUGGCGAGUUCGAGGUUGUUGAGCAAGUCGGAGGAAUGCUUGCGUACUAUCUUCUUAAUGGAAAGAAUAUCAAGGCAUUCCCCCCCGGCUUCCGCAUGAUUGCCGGUGACACUGACCGCCGCAACUACACCGCCGGCGACCCCUCCAAGCCCGACCCUCAGAAGUCCGACUGGGUCACCUUGGGCCAAACCAAGCAGUCCGUCCUCGAGCAGCGCGCUGUUGGAUUCAACUGUCUCAACUAUGAACGUGCUCCUGAGGGCACUCUCUACCGCCACUUCCUUCCCGACAAGGAUUACCUUGAUGCCAACUGUGCCAACGGUGUCCGCUUCGAGAUGAUGUUCCCCUCCUGCUGGAAUGGUAAGGAUAAAGAUUCUCCGGACCACAAGUCCCACAUGGCCUACCCUGACCUUGUCAUCGAUGGUACCUGCCCUGAGGGAUUCGAGACCUCUGUCCCCAACCUUCUCUACGAGACCAUCUGGAACACCUACGCCUUCAAGAACCGUGCCGGCCGCUUCGUCAUCUCCAACGGCGACACCCAGGGCUACGGAUAUCACGGCGACUUCAUGUCCGGCUGGGAUGAGGACUUCCUCCAGAGUGCUGUUGACACUUGCACCAACAUGUCUGGCAGAAUUGAGGAUUGCCCUGUUUUCUCCCUUCAGAGCGAGAGCCAGGUCAAGCAGUGCUCGAUGAAGAUCCCUGACAUUCUCUCCACCGAGGACGUCAUCGGCCCUGACACGGUUCUGCCUGGUAACGUCCGCAUUACCUUUGGCGAUGGUUCUUCCGAGGGUGGUGCCGCUCCUGUCAGCUCUUCCACCAUUGUUGCCCCUACCAUCCCUACACUCACCUACAAGCCUGGCAAGACGGCUACGGCCAACCCCCUUCCCGGCCAGGUCUUCCACGAGAGCGGCAAGGCUAGCUAUGGCUACGGCAGCACUUCGUCCACUGCCCCGGUUGUUGCCCAGGCUGCUUCUUCCGCUGCUCCUGAGCCCUCGACCCCCGAGCCCACCCCUACCCCGAUCUUCGAACCCGUUACCACUGCCCCUCCUACCUCGACACCCAAGUUCGUGUCUACGCAGACGAUCACGGACGGUAACACCGUGUCGAUCAUCCUCUGGGAGGAGGUGAUUGUGUACGUGACCGAGUACGAGGACAUCACCACGACUCAGACGGUCAGUGCCACGCCGACGCCCGCCGCCCUGCGCGCGCGUCACCUUCACCACCACCGUCGUCACCACUUUUAA